AUUAAAUGAGAUAAUGUCUUCUGAAGACAUUCAUGAGUCACAAAGUAUUGAGAAAAGUCACAGAUCUCGAGACUAUGAGGUAGAAUGUGAUGAAUGGGAACAAAUCAAAGCCUUACCACUCAUUGAUUUGAGUCAACAAAAAGAGGACUCCAAUUGUGACCUAUCGUUGACAUCUCGGGUCACAUCAUGUGUUAGUUUAGACGAAACUCUCGCAUAUUUCGAGUCCACUCCUGUAGACCAACAACUG